UGCGGCGUGGUGGCAUGGAUAGUGGCGCACUGGGCUCAUCGACACGGCUACCUGGACACAGUCCCCACGAUGGCGGAGGCGCGCGCGGUCGGAGGCGCCUUCGACGCUGCCGAGGGCCUGGUGCAGGUAGCCAAGGAGGGCGACGACAGCGGGGUGGUGAUCAGGGACCGUGGCCUUGAAGAGGCCGAGGCGCAGGCGGACCCGAGCAUCCAGAUCGUGGAGGAGCUGAUCCGGCGAGCUGAGGUGAGGGGCUCGGACGUGCGCCUCGACACGCUGGAGGUCAUGCGCCCUGACUUGUGGCCACGCCGCCCGAUCAGCGUGAGCCGCUGGACGUGGAAGACAGUGCUGGUCUGGAAGUGGAGGUGGAAGAGCCACAUCGCGGCGCUGGAAGUGCUGAGCACGCUGGCAGGCCUUCGCUGGCGCUUCAGAGUGGGCCAUCACCUUGGCACGAGGUUCGCUCAUCUGAUGGAUUCGCAGGUUGGACUUGGUGUGAUAUCGCGGGGGCGCUCCUCCUCGCAUCUGCUCAACGCAGCCGACAAGAGGAUCUCAGCUCUGGUCCUGGCGGCGUCGGCAAGACCGAUCUACGGGUACACCGAGACCGACAAGAACCCAGCCGACGACCCUUCGAGGGAAGGCGGCAUGUCAGGUGACAGCAAUGCCAAGGAAGCCUUUGUCUCUUGGAUUCGUGCCCAUGGUAUCGACGUGGCCACUGACCUGGAGCAGCUCGACUUCCAAUUAUGUGAAUGGAUAGAGACGCUAUGGGCGCAUGGGAGGCCUGCUGGAGAUGCUGGGGCCACCUUGUCUGGCGUACAGUUUUUCUUGCGACGCAAGAGAGUCUUUCACAGUGCGUGGAACCUGCUGAAGGCUUGGCAACGGACUGAGAUGCCACAAAGAGCACCACCCAUGCCAGAAUAUGUGCUGAUGUCACUUGCCACGGUGGCUCGAUCCUGGAGUCGAAAUGACAUAGCGGUGCUGCUUGUGAUUGGCUACUCCGUAUUCUUGCGUACAAUGGAGCUUCUUACUCUCCGUAAGUGGCAGCUGCAGUUCAGCAACGACGGCCUCAGCCUUGUCAUAGCCCUGCCAGCGACCAAGGCAGGCAAGAGACGACACUGUGAGGAGUCCGUCACACUCCACGACGCCAGGAUUGUUCACUUCAUCAAAGUGCUCACUCAGCAUUUGCCGCCUGAGAGCUCGCUGCUGCAGGGCACCGUGCCCGAAUUUCGUGAUGUGUUCAAAGCUCUCUUGAGGUCAUUGAACCUCGAGCGGCACGGUUAUCAGAUAUAUUCUUUACGCCGUGGAGGUGCCACCACUCAUUACAGAAGGUUCGAGAACAUGGGCUUGACUUUGAUAGUGGGGAGAUGGCAAGACACAGCUGUGGCCAGACUGUACAUCAGUGACGGUGUGCAAACUUUGCUGCAGAACGAUUUCUUGCCUGCAGAAUUGGAACGAUUUCGUGUACUGGCGAGUGCUCUUAACUUUGAUGUGGGUUGA